CUCUUUUUUGAACCCUCACUAUCGAAUUGAGGGAUUUGAGCCGCAGGAAGUACAAGUACUAAGGGACCUCGGAGGAAACGAAAGAAGGGAUGAGGUCUUUCUAACCAAUGCAGUUUGUUCUAUUGGAACGACUGACAACCUGAAGAUAACGUGCUGUUCGCGAUGAUGGAGCGAAAGCCGGCAAGUCCGGCCCAGUCAGGUAGUACAAUGGCUUGUUCGUUGGUGAUAUAUAAUCUAUAUUCAAGGAGACCAGCAGUACGAUGAGAAAAGCGAGCAACGGCUUUUCAUUAGUGAUACCCCAUCUCGUUGAACGAAGCCGUCGCCGCCAGAAUGCAGUUUGCUAAUGUUCUCCUACGUCUCUCGUGGACCUACCGGUCCAUCACAGCCCUCGUCGUAGUCUCAGUCUUCUUCAUCACCUUCACAUACAUCCGAAGCCCAAGACGAUGUCUCCCACCGGGCCCGAGAGGUCUACCCCUCCUCGGCAAUGCCCUCGACAUCCUCAAAGAUCCAUGGUUGACGUUCGGCGGCUGGAUGAAGACUUAUGGCCCUAUCAUGCACUUCACCGCCGCAGGAAGCGACGUAGUCGUCCUCAACGACCUCAAAACCUCGUUUGACAUCUUGGAUCGUCGCGCGGCCGUCACAGCAGACCGGCCCGGAAACGUCGUCGUCGACAUGAUGACCGGGUCCUGCUUCGUGCCGUUCCAAAGCCAGAAUGCCAUGUGGUUACGCAUGCGCAAAGCCUCCCACACAGCGCUCCGCAACAUCUCCUUCCCAGACAUCCGCCUCGUCCAGCAAAAGGAGGCUACCCUCCUCGCCGCGGACAUGCUCAAGGACUCGCGGGACUGGUUGUCCCAUCUACACCGCGCGGUGUCGUCGGCGAAUAUGAAUCUGGUGUACGGGACGCAUUCUCUUGCGUCGACGAGCGAUUUAAAGCUGGUUUGGCUCGAGGACUUUGUCGUGCGGCUGACCAAGGCUGCGCUGCCUGGUGCGCAUCUGAGUCAGGUUUUUCCUUGGUUGAGACACGUGCCGUCUAGGUUUGCGCCUUGGAAGAGACAGGUGGAGGACUCGUUUGCUGCGGAUUCUGCUAUUUUCGGGAGUUGGUUUGCAGAGGCCCGACUUAGAGGUAUCGAUGGCGGUAACUGCCUCGUUAAGAGCUUCGUCAAGGACCAGAGCCGGUGCAAUCUGUCAGACACGGAAAUCAACUGGCUCGCGGCGAGCGUCAUCGCCGGGGCAAAGUCGAUCACGGGCGUGCUGGAGUGGUGGAUGCUGGCCAUGGUCGUGUACCCGGAGGUGCAGCAGCUCGCUCAGGAGGAGCUGGAUCGUGUGGUGGGACGCGAGACAGCCCCGAACUUUGCCCAUCACUCUGGGAAGUUACCUUACAUCCAAGCAAUGGUCAAGGAGUCACUUCGAUGGCGACCCGUCGAUCCAAUAGGCCUCCCACACCAGAGCUCUGAAGAGAUUUGGUACGAAGGACACUUCAUACCAAAGGGCUCGCUGCUCAUCCCGAACGUCUGGGCCAUGAACCGCGACCCGCGCACGUACGGCCCGGACGCCCAUCACUUCAACCCGGCAAGAUUCCUCGAUCCCAAGACAGGACAAGUCAAGCCGCUGUCGGCAGAGAAGAAAGAUCAGGGCCACGUCACGUUUGGCUUCGGCCGUCGGUUGUGCGUCGGGCGCCAGAUUGCGAACGAGGAUCUCUUCAUUACCAUGGCGACGGUGCUCUGGGCGAUGAAGAUUGAGCCGAAGGUGGGUUACAACGGGCUCAAUGUCCCUAUAGAUGUUGAUGGAUGCGUCGAUGACGGUGUUGUUGUACGCCCCGUUCCGUUUGAGUGUACCACCAGGUCUCGAUUUCCUGAGGUGUUCAAGGUCUUGCAGGCUGCCAAGAUUCACGGCGUCAGUUGCUGAGGUGCUAUUUGAUACCGCAAUCAGGAGACAUCGCGGACUAAUGAGCCAGCUUUGCCGUUCGUUGUCCCGUAGCAAGACUAGAAGAUGGCGACCUUGGCUACUCAGAUGGCGCGAUUCCGGAUGUCCCAGGAG